GGCGGGGCGGUGCGGGCGCCAGUGGGAUUCUCCAAGCGGCCGUGCGCCGUCGCCGCGGGCUGUGCGCGGGCUUCGGGCGAGCCGGGCGCUGCGCAGUCUCCGUAGCCGCGGGCGGGAGGGGUCGAGGCGGAGGCGCGGCGCGGCGCAGGCUGCUCCAGGCCCAGGUGAAUGGAGUAACCUGACAGCAGGGACCAGGCGACGGCGAGCGGGAGGAAAUGGCGGCGGCAGCGGCGCCGGGCGGCACCGAGAGGCCUGGGCUGUGACGCACGCGCCGGAGCGGGGUCCGAUGGUUCUCGAAGGCCCGCGGCGCCCCGUGCUGCAGGUUACCUAGGGUAUGAAUUAAUACAGACUUGGGGACUGAAAGGACUUAGACUCAGCAUUUUGAGAGCAGAAGCAUGGGCGUGCUGUGAUUUUCCAAUAAGCCGCUAUCACAAUGUCAAAAUGCAGUUCAGACAACAGCAACACAGCGCUCUCAGACGUUAACACGUAAGCUGUGCUAGAACAAAAAUGCAAUGAAAGAAACACUGGAUGAAUGAAAAGCCCUGCUUUGCAACCCCUCAGCAUGGCAGGCCUGCAGCUCAUGACCCCUGCUUCCUCACCAAUGGGUCCUUUCUUUGGACUGCCAUGGCAACAAGAAGCAAUUCAUGAUAACAUUUAUACGCCAAGAAAAUAUCAGGUUGAACUGCUCGAGGCAGCUCUGGACCGCAACACCAUCGUCUGUUUGAACACUGGCUCAGGGAAGACGUUCAUCGCCGUGCUACUCACGAAAGAGCUGUCCUAUCAGAUCAGGGGGGACUUCACCAGACAUGGGAAGAGGACGGUGUUCCUGGUCAACUCUGCAAACCAGGUUGCUCAGCAAGUGUCCGCUGUCAGAACUCAUUCUGAUCUCAAGGUUGGGGAGUAUUCAAACCUAGAACUAAAUGCAUCGUGGACAAAAGAGAAAUGGAACCAAGAGUUUACUAAGCACCAGGUUCUCAUUAUGACUUGCUAUGUCGCCUUGAUUGUUUUGAAAAAUGGUUACUUAUCACUGUCAGACAUUAACCUUUUGGUGUUUGAUGAGUGUCAUCUUGCAAUUCUAGACCACCCCUACCGAGAAAUUAUGAAGCUCUGUGAAAGUUGCCCAUCGUGCCCUCGUAUUUUGGGACUAACUGCUUCCAUUUUAAAUGGGAAAUGUGAUCCAGAGGAAUUAGAAGAGAAGAUUCAGAAACUGGAGAAAAUUCUUAAGAGUAAUGCUGAAACUGCAACUGACUUGGUGGUCUUAGACAGGUAUACUUCACAGCCAUAUGAGAUUGUGGUAGACUGUGGACCGUUUAUGGACAGGAGUGGGCUUUACGAAAGACUGCUGAUGGAAUUAGAAGAAGCACUUAAUUUUAUCAAUGACUGUAACAUAUCUGUACAUUCAAAAGAAAGAGAUUCUACUUUAAUUUCUAAACAGAUACUGUCAGACUGUCGUGCGGUGUUGGUAGUUCUGGGACCCUGGUGUGCAGAUAAAGUGGCUGGAAUGAUGGUAAGAGAACUGCAGAAAUACAUCAAACAUGAGCAAGAGGAGCUGCACAGGAAGUUUCUAUUGUUUACAGACACUUUCCUACGGAAAAUACACGCACUGUGUGAAGAGCACUUCUCACCUGCCUCACUUGACCUGAAAUUUGUAACUCCUAAAGUGAUCAAACUGCUCGAAAUCCUACGCAAAUACAAACCAUAUGAGCGGCAGCAGUUUGAGAGCGUGGAGUGGUACAAUAAUAGGAACCAGGACAAUUAUGUGUCUUGGAGUGAUUCUGAGGAUGAUGAUGAGGAUGAAGAAAUUGAAGAAAAGGAGAAGCCAGAGACAAAUUUUCCUUCUCCAUUUACCAAUAUUUUAUGUGGAAUUAUUUUUGUGGAGAGAAGAUACACAGCAGUUGUCUUAAACAGAUUGAUAAAGGAAGCUGGCAAACAAGAUCCAGAGCUGGCUUACAUCAGCAGCAAUUUUAUAACUGGACAUGGCAUCGGAAAGAACCAGCCUCGUAACAAACAGAUGGAAGCAGAAUUCAGAAAACAGGAAGAGGUACUCAGAAAAUUUCGGGCUCAUGAGACCAACCUGCUUAUUGCAACAAGUAUCGUGGAAGAGGGCGUCGAUAUACCAAAGUGCAACUUGGUGGUCCGUUUCGAUUUGCCCACGGAGUAUCGCUCCUAUGUCCAGUCCAAGGGAAGAGCCAGGGCACCGAUCUCCAAUUACAUAAUGUUAGCAGACACGGACAAAAUAAAAAGUUUUGAAGAAGAUCUGAAAACAUACAAAGCUAUUGAAAAGAUCUUGAGAAACAAAUGUUCCAAGUCAGUGGACACCGGCGAGCCUGACGUGGAGCCCGUCGUGGACGACGACGACGUGUUCCCACCGUACGUGCUGAGGCCCGACGAUGGGGGUCCGCGGGUCACGAUCAACACGGCCAUCGGGCACAUCAAUAGAUACUGUGCGAGACUGCCAAGUGACCCGUUUACUCACCUAGCUCCUAAAUGUAGGACCCGAGAGUUGCCUGAUGGUACCUUCUACUCAACGCUUUAUCUGCCAAUCAACUCACCUCUCCGAGCCUCCAUUGUUGGUCCACCAAUGAGUUGUAUACGAUUGGCUGAAAGAGUUGUAGCUCUUAUUUGCUGUGAAAAACUGCACAAAAUUGGUGAACUGGAUGACCAUUUGAUGCCUGUUGGGAAAGAAACUGUUAAAUACGAAGAAGAGCUUGACUUACACGAUGAAGAAGAGACCAGUGUCCCGGGCCGGCCAGGUUCCACAAAACGAAGACAGUGCUACCCGAAAGCAAUUCCAGAAUGUCUGAGGGACAGCUACCCCAAGCCCGAUCAGCCCUGUUACCUGUACGUGAUAGGAAUGGUCCUCACCACACCAUUACCUGACGAACUCAACUUCCGGAGGCGGAAGCUCUACCCCCCCGAGGACACCACGAGAUGCUUUGGAAUACUGACAGCCAAACCCAUACCUCAGAUUCCGCACUUUCCUGUGUACACCCGCUCUGGAGAGGUCACCAUAUCCAUCGAGCUGAAGAAGUCUGGUUUCACAUUGUCUCUUCAAAUGCUCGAGUUGAUCACAAGACUCCACCAGUAUAUAUUCUCACAUAUUCUUCGCCUCGAAAAGCCUGCACUAGAAUUUAAACCCACGGACGCCGAUUCGGCGUACUGUGUUCUACCUCUGAACGUCGUUAACGACUCCAGCACUUUGGACAUUGACUUCAAAUUCAUGGAAGAUAUUGAGAAAUCCGAAGCUCGCAUAGGCAUUCCCAGUACAAAAUAUUCAAAAGAAACACCCUUUGUCUUUAAAUUGGAAGAUUACCAGGAUGCAGUUAUCAUUCCAAGGUAUCGAAAUUUUGAUCAGCCUCAUCGAUUUUAUGUAGCUGAUGUGUACACUGAUCUUACCCCACUGAGUAAAUUUCCUUCCCCCGAGUAUGAAACUUUCGCAGAGUAUUACAAAACAAAAUACAACCUUGACCUGACCAAUCUCAACCAGCCCCUGCUGGACGUGGACCACACCUCUUCAAGACUUAACCUGCUGACACCUCGCCACUUGAAUCAGAAAGGGAAAGCCCUCCCUCUGAGCAGUGCUGAGAAGAGGAAAGCCAAGUGGGAGAGUCUGCAGAACAAACAGAUCCUGGUUCCGGAACUCUGUGCUAUACACCCCAUCCCAGCAUCACUGUGGAGAAAAGCAGUCUGCCUCCCCAGCAUACUCUAUCGCCUUCACUGCCUUCUGACCGCGGAGGAGCUGCGAGCCCAGACGGCCAGCGACGCUGGCGUGGGCGUCCGGUCGCUUCCUGUGGAUUUUCGAUACCCUAACUUAGACUUCGGGUGGAAAAAAUCCAUCGACAGCAGGUCUUUCAUCUCAAUCGCUGACUCCUCUCCAGCUGAAAACGAUAAUUACUGCAAGCCCAGCACAACCGUCCCUGAAAAUGCUGCGCAUCCAGGUGCUAAUAGAGCCUCCUCUCCAGAAGAUCCCGACCAAAUGUCUGUGAGCUGCAGCGCGUUCUUCGGUGAGCCAUCCGGUCGACUCCCAGUUGAAGUUUCAACAGAUCCGACAGCAAUUAAUGGUCUUUCUUACAACGGAAAUCUUGCCAAUGGCAGUUAUGACUUAGCUAACAGCGACUUUUGCCAAGGAAAUCAGCUGAAAUGCUACAAGCAGGAAAUACCUGUACAACCAACUACCUCAUAUCCCAUUCAAAAUUUAUACACUUACGAGAACCAGCCCACGCCCAGCGAUGAAUGUACUCUACUGAGUAACAAAUACCUUGAUGGAAACGCUAACUCAUCUACCUCAGCUGGCAGUCCCGUGGCGGCCGCAGUGCCCGGUGCUCCGGAAGCUGCCGCGGUCCUCAAAGGCGGGACAGGCCCUGAGCGGAGUCCUCCCGGGUACUCCCCGAGGACUCUCGGCCCGAACCCCGGACUCAUUCUUCAGGCUCUGACCCUUUCCAAUGCCAGCGAUGGGUUCAACCUGGAGCGGCUGGAGAUGCUCGGCGACUCCUUUUUAAAGCACGCCAUCACCACCUACCUGUUCUGCACUUACCCCGACGCGCACGAGGGCCGCCUUUCCUACAUGAGAAGCAAGAAGGUCAGCAACUGUAAUCUCUAUCGGCUCGGAAAAAAGAAGGGACUGCCCAGCCGCAUGGUGGUGUCGAUAUUUGAUCCCCCUGUGAACUGGCUUCCUCCUGGUUAUGUAGUAAAUCAAGACAAAAGUAACACAGAUAAAUGGGAAAAAGAUGAAAUGACAAAGGACUGCAUGCUGGCUAACGGCAAGCUGGGCGAGGCCUCUGAGGAAGACGAGGAGGAGGAGGAGGGCCUGACGUGGAGGGCUCCCAAGGAGGACGCCGAUUACGAAGAUGACUUCCUGGAGUACGAUCAGGAGCACAUCAAGUUCAUAGAUAACAUGUUAAUGGGGUCUGGAGCUUUUGUAAAGAAAAUUCCUCUUUCUCCUUUUUCAACCACUGAUUCUGCCUAUGAAUGGAAAAUGCCCAAAAAAUCCUCCUUAGGCAGUAUGCCGUUUUCAUCCGACUUUGAGGAUUUUGACUAUAGCUCUUGGGAUGCGAUGUGCUACCUGGACCCCAGCAAGGCCGUGGAGGAGGACGACUUCGUGGUGGGGUUCUGGAGCCCAUCGGAGGAGAACUGCGGCGCCGAGGCGGGGAAGCAGUCCAUCUCCUAUGACCUGCACACCGAGCAGUGCAUCGCUGACAAGAGCAUAGCCGACUGCGUGGAAGCCCUGCUGGGCUGCUACUUAACCAGCUGCGGCGAGAGGGCUGCGCAGCUCUUCCUCUGCUCCUUGGGGCUGAAGGUGCUCCCGGUAAUUAAAAGGACUGAUCGGGAAAAGGCCGUGUGCCCCGCCGGGGAGAAUUCCAACAGCCAACAAAAGAACCUUUCAGGAAGCCGUGCCGCUGCCUCUGCGGCCAGCUCCCGCUCCUCUGUGUUUAAAGACUCGGAGUAUGGUUGUUUGAAGAUUCCGCCGAGGUGCAUGUUUGAUCAUCCGGAUGCAGAUAAAACACUGAAUCACCUGAUAUCCGGUUUUGAAAAUUUUGAAAGGAAAAUCAACUACAGAUUCAAGAAUAAGGCUUACCUUCUACAGGCUUUCACACACGCCUCCUACCACUACAAUACCAUUACUGAUUGUUACCAGCGCUUAGAGUUCCUGGGAGAUGCGAUUUUGGACUACCUCAUAACCAAGCACCUUUACGAAGACCCGCGGCAGCACUCCCCGGGGGUCCUGACCGACCUGCGCUCUGCCCUGGUCAACAACACCAUCUUCGCGUCCUUGGCCGUGAAGUACGACUACCACAAGUACUUCAAAGCCGUGUCCCCGGAGCUCUUCCACGUGAUCGAUGACUUCGUGCAGUUCCAGCUCGAGAAGAACGAGAUGCAGGGGAUGGACUCCGAGCUUAGGAGAUCUGAGGAGGACGAAGAGAAGGAAGAGGACAUUGAAGUCCCAAAGGCCAUGGGAGACAUUUUUGAGUCACUGGCUGGCGCCAUCUACAUGGACAGCGGGAUGUCACUGGAGAUGGUGUGGCGGGUGUACUACCCUAUGAUGCGGCCACUAAUAGAAAAAUUUUCUGCAAAUGUGCCCCGUUCCCCUGUGCGAGAAUUGCUUGAAAUGGAACCAGAAACCGCCAAAUUUAGCCCGGCCGAGAGAACUUACGACGGCAAGGUCAGAGUCACUGUGGAAGUGGUCGGCAAGGGGAAGUUUAAAGGCGUUGGCCGCAGUUACAGGAUCGCCAAGUCCGCGGCGGCGAGGAGGGCCCUGCGAAGCCUCAAAGCUAGUCAACCUCAGGUUCCCAACCUCAGCUGAAACCCCUUUGUAAAAUUUUUUUAAAAGGCAGAAUUAAGGUGGAAAUAUUUAAAUCGAAAAGGAUGAUUUUAAAGUUGAUAACUGAGCGGAACGAAUUGAAGGCAGAAUUUAAAGUUUGUUUGAUAACAAGAUAGAUUACAGAAUAAAACAUUUAACAUGUGUAUAAAAUCUUUGGAACUAAUUGUAGUUUUAGUUUUUUGCGCAAACACAAUCUUGUCUUCUUUCCUCACUUCCGCUUUGUUUAAAUCACAAGAGUGCUUUAAUGAUGAUGUUUAGCAAGUGUUCAAAAUAAUUAUUGACGGUUUGGGUUUUUUUGUUUUGUUUUUAGUUUGAUUUCUGUCACUGUUGCUUAGUGUCAGGAGGCCACGGAGCUGCAACCCCAGACAGUCCCUAGAGUGAUAUUAGAGCCCCGCGCUGCCCUCAGUCCUCACCCCGCAGGGGAGCCCGGUAGGCGGCUGCGGUUUGCGAGCCGAGGGCAGCCUGCCCGUGUUGUCUUUGUCUCCGUGCUCCGUCUGUAGGCUGACGUUCCCCGGCGCUGGUGCACUUGGCAGUGAGGGACAGAUUUCGGUGCACAUUGGCUGGCAGUUCGGUCGGUCCAGUUUUAGUUUUCUCAUGCCACAUAGUCUUGCAUAAAAAAGGUUCUUGCCUUAAAAGUUAUAUCCUCAUGGAUAGUCUUUAAUUUCAGAUCUCUUUUGGAACAAACUAAUGUUACAUUCCCUUUAUUUUGUUAUGCAUUAGAUUUUGAGACAGCGUGAUACUCACAACUCACUAGUGUAGUUGUAACUUAAGUUAAAACAGGAUGUUAAGGGUUCUGUCACGUGUACUGAAAACAUUUUAAAAACCAGAAUCUGUAGCCGAUGGAUUUUUUAACACACCAUGAUAAAAAUGAUCUUUGGCUAAAUACCCAAUUUUACUAAAAAAAAAAGAAAACCCUCCUACUAGGUAGUUCCACUGAUGGAAAUGGUUCGUGGCAAAUAGUUUUGCCCUGUAGGCCGUUUCUCUAACAAAAUAAACCUUAGACAUAUCACACCUAAAAUAUGCUGCAGAUUUUAUAAUCAUUGGUUACUUAUUUAAAGAAGCAAAACCCAGCACCUUUACCCUUAGUCUUCUCACGUAAGUUUCCUGUACUUUCCACAGCGUCGCAUGUGUAUUUCACCUGCCAGAGCUGUGCUUUUCAUGCCGUGAAAGUUCAUGUUCGCGAUAAACUGCCGUGAUUUUGAUACAUCUGUGACUUAGCUCGUUAAUUUAGGUAAACUAGCUCGUGAUUUCCAUCUUCGAAAAAGGAAAAAAAAGACAUUCUUAGGCAUUUGCCUGAGUCCCUUUAAUUAGACCAGUUGGCACUCUUCACUUGAAUACCUCAGUUCUUCUUUCCUGUGGCACGCGUUUCCCUGUUUGGUGCUAUGUUUAUGUGUUAUGCUUGAAGUUUUAAUUUUUUUUUGCACUGUACCUAUAAUACCUCUUAAUUUACCUUUAUAAAAGCUGUGGGUCAGUCUUGCACUCCCACCAACAUACCAGUAGAGGUUUGCCGCAGUUUGCCCCCCAGUAAUGACGCUUGAAGUUAAAGGACGCUGGGCAGAGGUGUCUGACAUUUUCUAACCCACUGUUCCAAACUCGAUGCUUCACGCGGCGCUGCGCUCGCGUUGUAGAUGCAGCUGGACACUGUACCCCUCACUCUGCCCACCCCACCCACCCCAGGGGGGCCCCUCUGCAUGUCCACCGUCCAAAAACUGUCAGCCUCACCCUCCGAGGAGACCUGAGUGCCGGGGACGCGAGGCCUCUCUGGCGUUUGUCCUCUCCAGUCUCAUGCUUACAUUGGAGUGGGCCUAAAUUAUUACAUGAGUUUUCGAGCAAAUUAAUUUGGGUGGACUUAUUUUUAAAAUACUGAAUUCUGAUUUGGCAACAUAGAUUUCUUUUCUUUUUCUUUUUUUUAAAUAUCUCAAUGUAAGAUCUCCUGGCAAGUUAAAACCAAGCAAUUCUUGAAUAAUAUAACUGUAAGCUUGUACAAUGAAUAGUAAGGCUGGAUGUGAAUUUUACUUAUGAGGGUGAUUUGUGAUGAAGCUACAUCACAAAUCUCCGAAUAAUGUAUAAACUACCUGCCGCCAGGAGCUUAGGGCUCUGCGCUCUGCCUGAUGCACUAGUCCCGGUGUGAAGGGAUCCUCUCGCCUCCUGGCACCAAAACCAGAUUGGUCCACAGUUACAAUUCCCAUUGGGAGAAAAUGCCUCAAUAUAUUUUGUAACCUUCAGAAGAGUAUUUUUUGUUAAUACUAAAAAGUUCAGACUUCGAUAUGAUUAGGUCAUGCAUUCUCAGGGGUUCAAAUUUCCCACUACCAUUCAAAAUAUUUUAUCAACAGCAAACUUAUUUCUUUCUCUUUUCUCUUUCUCCCAUUCUCCCUCCCUCCCUCCCUCUCUCCCUUUCUCUCUCCCUCUCUCUCUCUCUCUUUCUGCUGGAGAAAAGUAGCUGAUUUUAAUUUGUGGCUCAUACUUUGAAGCACCCUAUGAUCCCCUGGUUACUAAGUUAAAAAUGAAAAGCUACGAGUUAGAUCUAUGAAAUGGUUAUGAACGCUUUUGUGCUGCUGACUUUAAUGCUGUACAGAUUUCCCCAGUUUAGCUUGUUGAAAUGUUUUGUGUCCAUUAAUUAAGGGGGAAAAAUCACUCUGUGUUGCCCCACUUUCCAACUGUGCCAUCCCUUUGUCCUGUGACCGAGAUGUGCGACUGAAUGUAACACGGAAGUCCCGCCCGCGGGGUGUCCUCGUGCGCCAGCACCCUGUUAAGGGCCGGCGCAGCCUGUCUUGAAAAGCAGCUACAGAAAUUCCUCAUGAUGAUUGUGUGGGGGUUGGUUGGCCUGGACCUUCAUUGUAAAUGUUUUUAUUUCUUUUGUAAUGUACCUUCAGCCGUCCUAACUAUGCUGCGUUUUGUAUUGUGAUGGCCCCCCCGCCCUUCUGUUCAUGUAGCACAGAUGAGCAUUGCACUUGGUACCACGCUUUACCUCAUUUCAAGGAAAAUGGGCUUCACUGAGAGGAAGAAUGGGGUUUGGCCUCGCUGCUGUUUUGAUUUACCGAAUCGGAAAGAGAUAAUUGUAAUGCCUGCAAUGUGUCAUGUACUUGCACAACUUAAAUAGAUCAUUUUUGUCUGGCAUUUUUACUGUUUGUGAAAGUAUGACAAAGAUUUGUUAACUGAACCCUUAAUUAUGUUUUAAAAAUGUUUGUUACUUUUUUCUUUUACAUUAUGUGAAGUGAUUAAAUUUAGAAUGAACUCUAACACUCCUGUAAUUACCUUUUAAAAUACUAAUGUUUUUAUUUUCUUAAUAACAGCUUACCCUCAGACAGAUUCAGACUGCCCUGCCUAAGUCGCAGGAGACCCGAGGCUGCCUCGGUUCCAUUGGUUCGGCUCAUAAAUGCAGCCACUCACUGGCGGUCGGCCGCGUUCCCUGCGCCUGGACGGUGGCUGCGGAGGGCGGUGCCCGUCCAGACCUACCGCAGCUCAGUCUUACGGCCCAGUGCACUUAAAACUUUAUAUCCUGCCCUGUUGGAGCGUCUAAUUCUUCUACACAAAACCGUAGCCACCAAACUGACCCCGUGAUGUUUGUGUUGAAACUGCGUCUGAAGCGAUGUCGGGUCCCUCCCUGCCCGUGUUCCCCACGGGGACGUCUGUGUCGUGUCUGUGAGCCGCGCGGUUCCUUCCGUCACAUUCAGCCAGGUGUGUUCUUCCAACCACUGAUUACCUUUCGGGAGUUUAAUUAUUUCCUAAUAAAUGUCUUUAUUUUAUAUUGUACAUGAAAAAUUUUGAAGAUGUGUUGAAGACCGAGAAUAUGAAAGUGAUUUUAAAAGUUGUUGGAAACGCCAGUAGCACUGACCAGGGGAUUUGCACUGAGGCUCUUGUAUUUUCCACUGGCAGUGAAAAUGAUCUUGCAAAACUAACUUGUAAAUAUGUUUUCAUCAUCAAUUGCUUUUUUUUGCAGUCUAUUUUUAUUUGGACAUCCACCACAGACGAUUUAAAUUUUGUAGGUGUAUUCAGAAUUCACCACGGCAGCAGGUCACAUAGCAGAACUGCAAAGGUGAACGGAAAGUAACAUUUCUGGCUUUCCUGCUGUAAAUAGAGUGAAGGAAAAUGACUAAACUCAAGUGAAACUCACAUGUAAUUUGACUGACAACAGAAUAUUCGCCAUCCCAGCUGCAGCCGUUUCUGGAACACAGUGGGAUCCAUCCGAACCGCAGCCGAGCAGCAGAGAUGUGCAGUCGCGCCUUAUGGGUCAACGGCUUUUAGCUCUUUGUUGUUGUUUGUUUUUUUUUAAAUAAUUGUAGCCAAGUAAAUCUCCAAUAAAGCUAUGGUCUGUUCAUGUU